AUGAGAGAAGCGGGAAUCAGGAGGCUCCUGGCUGCCAACCUCCUCUGUGUCUUUUGCGUCGUUCUGACAGCGGUCGUGCCGGCUUUCUUCUGGGAAGGGUUCACGGUUUUGGGAACACACCUCACGUGGCUGUGUGUUUGUUCUGUUUCUGUUAGUACCCUUAAUAUAGUCUUGCACUUAGUCCUUAAACCAAAUCAGUCUUCUAAGAGAAGUUCAUUUGCUCACAAGGUAAGAUUUUUGUUCUUAAAUUGCCACCAGACAAUACAGAGAGGAAGCAAAUUCUUUCUAACGACCUCACUUAAUUUUGUAAUAUUCCUUCUUUGUAGGUCAGUGACUGAGACGUUUUUGUUUGCUGUUCUUCUGUCUACCUUUACUACUUUACAAUGCUUGUGUAUGCUGGGACCAAACAUACAAGCGUGGAUACGGGUAUUUAGUAAAAAUGGAGCUACAUCCAUCUGGGAAAGCAGUCUACAGAUUACUACCAUAUGCAGUAUACUGGGAGCUUGGUUUGGAGCAUUUCCUAUUCCUCUUGAUUGGGAUCGGCCUUGGCAGGUAUGGCCCAUUUCCUGUUCCCUCGGAGCUACCUUUGGCUAUGUGGCUGGUCUGGUUAUUGCACCUCUGUGGAUACACUGGAACCGGAAGCAGCUUACAUACAAAAGCAGAUAACUGGAGCAGAGAGAGACAAGAUACCGGCUUCUCUUUCAUAUCAUUCAGUCUUGACAGAGUUUUUGGGUCAUCACGAAGAUCAAUCUAGCAAGAAAGAUUGCAGUCAUGUUGGAAUACACUUUUAAACAAAAGUCAGCAGGCUAUAUAAGAUACCCUCCUUUUAAAGC